GUCCGAGGUACUGAUAUGUCUGACGUAUUAAUAAACCACGUUAUUUAUUUUUAUUUUUAUUUUUGUAUUAUUUUUGUUUUUGUAGGUCAAGAAAAUUUCUCUUAGUCAGUCAAAUGCAAUGACACCUAGUGACGACCCAUCGGAUGUUUUUUUUGUUUUUUGUUUUUUGUUUUUUGUUGGACAUGUGGCUUACCUAAUGCGGUCCAAUGACGAUGGGGAGCCCCAAGCUAUUUUUUUGGCUGGUGUUUUUUGCCGCCGUUUGCCGUAUUUUGUAUAUCCGAAUUCUUCCCUGUCUGUUCGCAGAGCUGUGCAUGGAACAACCGAAACCUGGAGAUCACUCACUGCACUAUUCCCUUUUCCUUCCUCCCUAUCUCCACCUUCCGUCAUCCUUCAUCUUCAUCUUCAUCUUCAUCUUCAUCUUUAGAAUCCCUCUGUACGAUACUGUACUUACCCGUGGCUGUUUUCGUCAAGGAUAUUAAAUUUAAUUCCGCCGCGCAUCUAUCACGUUCACAGAUACAAUCACGCGACCCUUGUCAAAGACGAAAGAACCCGAUAUCGAAGAAGUCUUUGCGAUAAAGGUCUUCAUCCUCUUCUGUCGCAUACGAGACAAACAACCUCGCAGAAUCACAGAAUCGCAGAAUCGCUUCAUCCAUCGUCUAAUGUCUGCACCUCACCAUGGCCUUCAACUUCAACUGGUCGCCGCUGACGGCAGACGCCGAGUUCUACCUGCGCGCGCAGGAGAUGCUCACGACCGCGCUCAAUAAGAACCCGAAGCCUCCGAUUAUCGUCGAUGAUAUCCUCGUCAGCGAACUGAAUCUGGGCUCCGUCCCGCCGAAUCUGGAGAUACUGGAGAUUGGGGAUCUUGCCGAGGACCGGUUUCGCGGUAUCUUCAAGAUGUGCUAUUCCGGCGACGCCUUCUUGACUCUCAAGACACGAGUCCAGGCAAACCCGAUGAAUACGUACCUAUUUUCAAAACCAUCGUUUACUUCGCCACAACCUCUAGCUGCAUCGUCUGGAUUAACGAUUCCCUUGAAAAUCACCUUAUCGGAUAUCAAGCUAUCGGCCUUCAUCAUCCUCGUCUUCUCCCGCCAAAAAGGGUUGACGUUGGUGUUCCGCAAUGACCCGCUAGAAUCCAUCAAGGUCUCGUCGACAUUCGAUUCCAUACCGUUCGUGUGCGAGUACCUCCAGAAAGAGAUCGAGAUACAACUGCAGACGUUAAUGAUGGAAGAGCUACCCGCCAUCAUCCACCGACUGUCGCUCCGACUGUGGUGCCCGGAAUAUGCUGCGAAGGAAGAGGAAGAACGACUGGCAGAGGAGAAGCUAAAGGAAGGCGAGGUUGCGACCGACCCUCUCGCGAGCCCACCACAAGAUGCCGUCGACUCACACGGGAACGUGUUUGAUUCUCGUGAGAUAUCAUCGCUAUCUCUUGAGGAUGGCGUUGAAGGCCACUCGCUAUUCUCGCAAAAGAACCUCCUUCGACUGGGCGUGCUGAGCGACUCACAACGCACCUUCUCCCUCUUCACACCCGCCAUCCGCGACGCAGUCUUCCGAGCAUGGGCCGGCCCAGGCGAUCGCGGCGACGGUUUGGCGAUCACCCCCCCCACCCUGAUGCGGACCCACUCGGCCGUCUCCAACGGUGCUACAACCUACACCUUCUCCGACCAUGAGAGCGAAGGCAGUCUCCCCCCUUCGCGCCCCUCUCUCAGCCACCUUCCCUCCGCAACAACUGGGCUCAGUCUAGGCGCCGGCCGCCAUCGCACUCACGGCCGCAAGAAGCGCCACCGCGUCGUCAACCUACGUAAGCAGGUCCUGAACGACACACUCAGCGAAGGCGGUGACUCCGAGAUCACCGACACCGAUUCCUCUGUCAUGGGCGGCUCCGAACCGAUCGUGUCCACGCGCAUCACCGAGACGCCAGACGAGGAACCCAUCACCCCACCCCACUCCCCACAAGUCCGCUUCCGCCCCCGCCUGGACAGCAUCGACCUCGGCGAGACCCCGCGCACCGUCCGUCAAGUCCCACCCCGCGCCGCCGCACCCGUCCCAACCACCGCCCACACCGCCCUCGCCAACGCAAUGGACACCCCCCUCCCCUCCAUCGAGCCUGCGUCCCCCCUCUUCCCACAACAACGCACAGCCCUCCAGCGCGCCUUCCCGCGCGAGAAGUCCCCCAGCGACUACAUCCGCCGCGGCUCGCAGAUGAGCAGCCUCAACAACUACUCACUUUCCCCGUAUGAGGGUGCCGCACAGGGCGGCAUCAUCGAGCAGGCGUGGACGAUGAGCAUGGCAGCUGAGCUAGCGCGGCGCGCGCACCUGCGCAAGCAGGCUGAUGGGAGUGAGUGGGGCAGCGAGAGGCGCGAUGAGACGCCUCCUCCAGCUUAUGGGGUGUGAAUGAAGUGUUGCCGGGCUGAUGGGUUGUGUUUUGAGAUUGUGGGGACUUUCUUUUAGCGUUGAGCGAGUUUAGCUUGUCGAGCUUUGACUUUGCUCCCCAUCACCACUCUUGGGAAAUACGGCGUUUUUUGUGUGUUUUAGCUAGCGAUUUUUCUUUACUAGCAUUUCUGUUUCUGAUUUUUUUUUUCUUUUUUCGAGGGGCGUUUUUGGGGAAUUUGGGUAGGUCCAGGAAUUGACCGGACUGGGAUGUCUGUCUGUCUUUACAAAUUAUGGGAUAACACCGGCGUGUGCUCCUAGAGGGGAGGAAAUGAUGAAUUGGGGUUAUUUUGUGUGAUAUGGUGUACAAAAGGGGAAAAUUAUGGGUUAUUGGAUGGAGGAGGGGACUUGGUGUAUAUUUUUAUGGAGGAUGGGAUGGUAGAUUGGGGAUGUGCUCGAAGAUAGAGCAGCUGGAGAGAGUGGAGAGUGAUACUCAAUGAAGACGUUGUACACUGUAUUCCACGCUUUGUAUCAGUAUAUGUGACAG